UGCUGCUAGUUAAUCGCUUCUGGUCCGCGACAGGCUUCGGUGGAAGGAACCGGCAGUUCGCUUGUGCUCGAUCUAUCUUCAAAUUCCGGAGCUUUCCAAGGGCUAGUGUGCGUCAGUUUAUGUCGUCAAACCUAGUGACCAUGGGCAAACCGAAGGUUGUAUUCGUUCUCGGUCCGCCUGGUUCCGGCAAAGGAACGCAAUGCGAAAAAAUCGUCAAAGAGUUUGGUUACACGCAUCUUUCUGCCGGUGAUCUGUUGCGAGAAGAGCGUAACCGAGAAGGAUCCGAAUUUGGCGCUCUGAUAGAGGACAACAUCAAGAAUGGCCGCAUCGUGCCGGUGGAAAUAACAUGUGCCCUGUUGGAAAAUGCGAUGCGCAAAACUACUGAGGCUACCGGUAACGAUAGAUUUCUGAUCGACGGUUUCCCUCGGAACGAAGACAAUCUGCAGGGUUGGACAAAGAAGAUGGCGGAUAAGGUCGAUCAGCAAUUCGUCCUGUUUUUCGAAUGCUCCGAACAACAAUGCACUGAGCGUUGUCUAAAACGAGGUGAAAGCAGCGGCCGGUCGGAUGAUAACGCAGAGAGUUUAAAGAAGCGUUUUAACACCUACAUUAAUGAUACGGUUGCCAUCAUUAAGCACUACGAAGAACUCCAGCUGGUUAAAAAGAUCGAUGCCAGCUCUGGUCCUGACGCUGUAUUCGAGCACGUCAAAUUGAUUUUUGGUGAGCAAAAGUAAACAUCGAAAAAUAGAUGAUAAAUAGAGAGUGUAAUCAUGCUUCCUGAGAAACGCAGGAUUACCUCUUAACUUUCGAUUCCGUCGUAGUGCUGUUGGAAAAACGUUUUGCAUUGUUGUUUAUAUCUUUUUCAUAUCAUGAGUGCGUCAACUUAGGACGCUGACCCGGAAUUGCCCCUCACAACACAUACCCGUGGUCAACAUUCCUUGAUAUUGAAGGAGUAUAUCUGGAAAAAUCUAUUUUAAAGCAUCCUACCGUAUUGAAAUUUUCAAACACGGCAGCAACUAUAACAGUAACUAUUCUUGCUCUUGGCAAUAUUCUUUUCUGCCGUAUGUGUCACUAUAUAUCCCUCAGUAUUGCUCAGUUAUUUUAUGGAUACUUCCUAACUGUCCCAACUUAAAUGACAAACUGCUGAAAAGCUUGCAUCGAAGUAUUAAUUUCACUCUUUCACAUACUACGCGGAAUGUCUAAUGUGCAUUUGUCCAAAAACAAAACAACAACGGAAUAACGAUGGCGUAACAUAAAGAUUUGUGUAUGCAAAAGUAUACAGAACGAAGAAAAAAAAUAUUUUUUUUAUUUGUAGCCCGUUUUUAACAAUUAGAUCUUUGUGGAAUGGUUUUUCAAGGUUAGUGGUUCAUUUUUGGUGUAGCUGUUUCGAGUGUCUAAUUCAAAUGGUGUCAGCAUUAAUGAAUUGAAUGGAUAAUUAAUAUUAGAAAUAUAUGGAAUCGUACCAA